CUUAAGCUUCGCGAUGGCGGACUCCAUUCAGCGCGACUUCUUGAAUAGCAAGUUCGCCCAGAUCCUGGGAUUUGAGGAUGGUGUAGACGACGUAGUUGAUCAUCUGCUUACAAUCGACUCCAAAGAGGACCUGUCGGACUACUUAUCGCAACUCUUGGGAUCCCUUUCUGUGGAAGGUAAAAAAUUUGUUGACGAUAUUGAAAAGUUCAAACGUGGUGUACCCAUCGAACCGAUGAUUCUGGUUGUGCCCGACAAAGCUGAAAAAUCCGAACAAACACACGAUCUUCCAAUAGAAUCAACAGCGAUAACAGAAAACUCAGUAAGGACAAAAGACAAUAUAGAGAAACCGCCGGAAAAGCCUCGUCAAGCGAGUACGAACAAAUUAGCUAGUGAGACGCAAAAAAGACAAGGCUUCAAGCAUUCACAUUCUCCUCCGGUUGUAGAACAAUCAAAGUUGCCAUUGGAAUCGCGGAAGAAUGCUUUGAAGACACAGUCAAAGGUGAAAUCAGGGGGAAACGAGGGUCCGAGAUCGAAGGGAACAGCAGCAUUCGAAUGUGGUUGCUUCGGAAACUACCAUAAGCCGAUAUCCAACUGCCUAAGCUGCGGGAGAAUAUCUUGCGAGCGCGAGGGCUACGACUUUUGCCCCUUUUGCGGUUACCUUGUUGAGCCCCAAAAGAAACCCGAUGACGAUGAUCCGUUAUAUCCGGCUUGGAUUUUGAAGGAAACUGUUUUGAAGCAUCAACGCGAAAGCGCCAAGCGUACCCUUAUUUUCGAUGAUCAGGCCGACCACCAUGGUGCUCAGAACAGCGAAUGGCUGACAAAAAAUGAACAGGAAGAUGUGGAGAUUGAGCAAGCAGCCAGAUUUGAGAGGCUUCAUCAACGGAAAAACGUUGAACUGAAAUUUACGUAA